AGAAAAAUGAAAGUGGAGAUCCAAUAGACAAAAUACCAAUACUUAGGGGACUAGAAACUAGAAAGGUCAUUAAUUGGUAACUUCCUAUGUAUUUCGUCAUUUUAUUCUUCGAGUUUCUUGUGGAGUCUUCCCGUUUCACCCAUUCUAGUAAUUUUCCAAAAUCAAUUCACUUGUUUUUCACAUCGUAGCAAUGGAAGAACAGUUAGUGUUGCACACAACUUCAGAGCCACUGAUAUCAGAGUCGUCGAAUUCAAUGACUAGUGCAACAUUAGGUCGUGUUAUGAACACUUUGCUUACUUCUAAGCCUAACAAACUUCUACAUACCAUUUCUCAUCUUAACCCUUCUCCUAAAAUUGCACCUAUUGCUGUUUCUUUGGAACAGUCAUUAUGGUUUCUCUUCAAGUAUAUCAAGGAUGCUGCUGAAAAGAAGUCAUCUUUGGACCAAGUUCUUGUUCCUAUGAUUCAACAUUCAUUGAGAUUUACGGGGUCAAAACAUGGCAACCAAGUGAUGAUACUUCUCAAUUGGCUUUUUGAGGACGAAAUAUGUUUCCAAGCUCUAGCAAAUGACCUAGAGGCCGUUUUAACAAGGAAAGAGGAUCGUUAUAUAUCCCUCGGUUGGUGUACCCUUGCACGAAGUCUUAUUGAAUUUGAGGUUACUAUGGACAAGCUCGUUACACAUGGGAUUCGAGCUAGAUACGAUGCUCUUCUGAAGAUUUUCUGCAUGUGUAUGUCCCAUCUUGUGGCUAUUGUACGUGAUGGAAGCACAGCGCAGGGGGAAUUUGAGCUGCCGACUCGCCUUUCAGUGGCUGCUGCUGAUCUAAUUCUCUCUCUUACAGAGGCAUUAGCAACUAAUUCAGUGUUCAGCUGCUCAGAUGACAAGCAAAAGGCAGCUGGUACUGGUGAAAGAAAUCGCCCGGUCACGUUGUUACCUUCUACUUCGACUAAGAAGAAAGUGAACAAAGUCAGUAAAUCCUCAGAUUUUACAGGCAUGGAAAUGAAGUUGCUACUUUGGGACCAUUUGGAUAAUCUCAUAAUUCUUGUAGAGAGACUUACAGCUUGGAGCAGAAAAAGCAGGCCUUUGCAUGCGAAGGCAUUGGAGAGAGUUCAUAGGUGGUUGCUGGGGACGCAGGAAAAUUAUAUUCACAUACAAACCAAGGCAGAUUCAGAAAUGUUGAAGAGCGGAGUAUUACUACUCUCUUCUUGUUGGAAACAUUAUGGCAUGCUGUUGCACUUGGAAGAUCACAAAUUCGCUCAGCAAUAUACAGAAUUAUUGGAGCAGUACUUAUCCGGGAUUCAGUUUUAUGCAGAUAACUAUGCUGAAGAGUCCCCUGGAAAUAAAGAAAGUGGAAAAGAGACCAUCAUAUUUUUCCUGAAUUGCCUUGCCCUUCUGUUGGGCCGUCUAAAUGGAAAGCAGUUUGAAACUACCAUUGAGGAAUACGGAUCUCGGCUAUCUCAAGCUAUCAUAUCUCAGCUUAAUAAUGUAGACGAUGAAGUAAUUGACAGUUCACUCUGCAUCUUCAAAGCCGUCAUUUUUAGGACAAACAGUAGUUUGUCUAAACAUUCCGCAGACCUUAGACAAAUUAACGCUGUACUGCCAAUGUUACUACACCUUUUGGAUGAGCGAGACAGUGCAGCAAAAGCUGUUAUCAAGCUUUUUGCUGAAUAUUGCUCCAUAUCCUCAGAUACUCAGUGCUUGGAAGAAAUUCUAAAGCGUCUUAUUUCGGGGAGUGUUUCACAGAAAAGAAAUGCUGUUGACUUCAUUUCAGAUCUUAUCCAUAUGUCUAUGGAAUCAGAUACUGUGCUUCCUCCUCCUAUGUGGCAGCAUUUAUCAUACCACCUAUUGGAGUUUCUCCAAGAUGAACAAAUGGUAAUUAAUACCCAGGCUUCCAAUUUGAUUCCUUUAAUAGAUCCUUCAUUUACUUUGCCUGCACUAGUUUGUCUUAUUUACUCGCCGCUUGAAAGAGUACACUCAUUGGCAAGUGGCGCACUCAUUGCAUUAUUGAAGAAUUACAAGCAUAAUCCUGAUAUUAUAUGCAUGCUGCUCGACUGUCUGAGCAAACCCUCUCAGAACCCAGAUAAAUGUGUUACUGCUGAUGGUGUAGAAGGACAAAAACCUGAUAUUGAUAGAGUGCUGAAGCUGCUUCUCGAGUGGUCGAAAAUGCUAUUUCUUGAUUUUCUUGUACUCUCGUUGUACAAUGUGCACAGCGGUAAAAGUUACAGCAAGGCAUCAAUUAGGAUGGAUGUUGAAGAUUGGAAGGUGAUGAUUGGACCACUGAUAGACAAGCUUUUUGCUGAGCCAUCGAACGCAGUAAUAGUCAGGUUCCUAAGUUCCAUAAGCGAGCACUUGGCUAGUGUAGCAGAUUUUGUCUUUCAAAGGCUUAUUUCUUAUUCAAGAAGGCAGAAGGACAGUCUUGAUGAGGGUGUGUAUCCGAACUAUGAUGCUGAAGAACGACAGCUUGAUCUUUUUAAUCGUCUCUGCCCAUUGCUCGUAAUGAGGUUGCUUCCGUUGCAAGUAUUCAACAAUCUCAACUCAUAUGCUUUGUAUGACGAACUUCCAACCAAACUGGCUACACAUGAUGAUGAAUGCUUGGGAACUCAAAGCACGGAAUGUGUGGCUGGUCUUCUGAUCAACAGGGCAUUGAGCAAGUUUGAAUUUGAAGAUGUUCGUAGACUUGCAGCGGAGCUGUGUGGGAGAAUUCACCCAAAGGUUCUCAUUCCAAUAAUGUCUUAUCAACUGAAAAAUGCCACUAACGCCAAGGAUUUGUUGAAGAUAAAAGCUUGUCUAUUUUCAAUUUGCACAUCUCUCUUGGUAAAUGGCACAGAUGCAUAUGCGCAUCCUGACAUGUUCCGGAUACGCAAGGCCAUAGAGACUAUUUUAUUAUGGCCUUCGAUGGAUGGGGAUGACAUUUCAAAGGCACAGCAUGGGUGCAUUGACUGCUUAGCAUUGAUGCUGUGCACUGAAUUGCAAGCUACAAAAGCUGUCAAGAACUCAAUAUCGAGUGAGGUUUGUUUUGAGCCGAGCAUUGUCUCUUCAGGGGAUUCUGUCACAAAAAGCUCGGUCUGUAGUUAUGUGAUCCACGAAUUGGUUUGUGAUGAAGAUAGAUCUGUUAAGUUGGGCAGAAAUGAGGUGGCAAAAGCCCACCUCUCUUUUCGGUUGUGCAUGGCAAAUGUGCUGAUUAGCGUUUGUCAAAAGGUUCCUAAUGCUAUCAAGAAACCAUUUGUUUCCAAAGUUCUUCCUCGUGUCCUCCAUUCUGUCGAGGAUAUUGUAGAUCCAGAAGUCAGGUCUGCAUGUAUCCAAGUUUUUUUCUCAAUGGUGUACCAUCUCAAGUCUCUAGUUCUUCCUUACUCUUCCAAUCUCCUCAAAGCGUCCUUAAAGUCGCUUAGAGAAGGAUCAGAGAAGGAGAGGAUUGCUGGUGCCAAGUUACUAGCAUCUUUAAUGGCGAGCGAAGAGGCAGUCUUACAGAAUAUUUCUGGUGGCCUUGUGGAGGCCAGAGCCUUGCUUCAAGAUAUAUGCUCUUCAGAUCCUUCAUUGGAUGUAAGGAAAAUGUGCCAGAGAUUGCUUGUAUGUUUGAUCUCUGUGUAAAUACUUGUGUUCUUUGCUGCCAUUGUUUACUCAGUUAUAUGCCCUUGUAAAGUUCAGCUACAAAUGUGCAAUCAACUUUGAUAAGCAUGAGCUAUUGGUAGGUUAUGCUAGUUUUCUCCUAUUUUACCGAUGUAAAUACCAGGCGCAAGUUUUUACCAACUGAAUUGUGGCAUAAGCUAGUAACUUUUUGAGUUAAGUCUUAAUAUAUUUUAGAUUUCUAGAAACUAAA